AUGCCUGUUGUCGGAUGUCAAGCGUUCAUCCUAGCCGACACUGGUAAAACUGUAUCUGUGAGUGCCUACAACCCUGACUAUCCAAGCAAACAGAUCCCUGUCGUCGAUGCUGCCCUCUUGUAUCAAGAUCGUUUCAGCGGGGAGGAACAUAUUUUGGUGAUAAGAAAUGCUCUUCACGUACCGUCGAUGGCAAACAAUUUGAUCCCGCCGUUCAUCAUGCGAGAACAUGGCAUCAAAGUCAACGACACAGCGAAGAUUCAUACCUCGGACCCUUCAAGUGAUGAUCAUGCGAUUGUCCUUGAUACGAAUGUCAGGAUUCCGUUAUACUUGUAUGGAGUGUUCUCCUAUUUUUCGACAAGAUGCCCAACGGAAGAGGAGCUGCAAUCAACAGGAAGUGUCUAUGUUUUGACGCCUGAGCGGUUUGACCCUCAUGAAUCUUCUUAUGCCCAAAGAGAAGGCGAGAUCCGAUUACCGGAAGACCGAACAUGUGAAAAGCUACUGUUAGCAGACAUUCCUGGCCCUAGUGCGGUUGUCUGUGCGGCUAAUGCUCUGUCCUCACUCGAACAAUCUGAAAUUGACGUGAACCUUCUAACACACGAAGUCGAUAAUGUACCAUUGGCGCCAAUUAAUGCAGAGCUUGCGGCGCUAUCCACCGACGUGUGUGACCGUUCCCUAUUUGAAAAACUGUCGGCUCGAGCUGAAGUUGCUGCGAUGCAAAAGUCCAUUGGCACAUGCCAUUCAGAAGGUGGCGUCACACUACUGGAUCGUCCACAUACUGAUGACCCAGAUCGCCCACCGGAUAUCAGCAUUGGAAGCUUGAGUACGGAACAGUUGAUGGAACAUAUGUUGGAACAUGAGUUAUG